AGCACACGUGGGAUAUUAUACUCUUAAGCAUUUUUAGCAGCGGAUUACGCUUGAAUUUUUUCUAGAUAUUUGUAGUCUCAUUCUUUUCCUCAGUGUUUUCAUACACCUUUCAUCCACACCCAACAAACCGGCUCGAAUCAUGAGCCAUUCUAUUAUCCAGUACCAUUAGAGUAGGACAAUUGUUUUUUCUUUACUUGUUACUCGCUUUUCAUCAAGUGCAUUGUCUAAAAAAAUAUAGAAAAGAAAAGAGAAAAAAACCAGCGAAUGGUUCAGAAAAGAGCGACCAUGCCAGCAACGCAAUGCCAACAGCAGCAGCAGCAACAACCAUAUUGCCAUUACCAGAAGCGCCCGAAGAGGAGGAUCCCUUAUUAGAAGUAGACGGGCUCGACUCGACCUGCGAGAAAGUAGUCUUGCUGCCAUUAUCAGGUUUGAGCAUGCAAUGGAUCAUCGCCUGGUUCAUCGUCAUGCAGUACUGGUUGGCACCGCAGGACUCGGUGGCCCAGGUGCCCUUGUUGCAGCGGAGAAGAAUGCUCUCGUUGUCAGUGCCACACUGGGUAGCGCCGGCCUGGCAUUGGCUCUGGCCAUUGACGCUGGUGGCGGCAAAGAUGGCUGUGGCAGCAAGAGCGAGUUUGGCAGAUGAAGCAAGCAUUGUUAAAAACAAAUAGUAAAAUAUUACAAGUGUGUGUUGUAACGAUUAAAUAAAAUAGAAGAGAGGAGAGGAGAGGAGAAGGGUAAAAUGCUGUGGAAUGUUAAUGGAAGAGAAAAGGAAGGAAAAGU